AUGGGAAUCACAGUGUUCAUGGGGCUUCCCACCAUGUGCCCUGGGCAGCCGAGCGAGGAAACCAUCACCCGUCUGCAUGGCACCAAGCACCUACUGGUGUCAGCAUACGCGGACCGCAGGGUGUCUGGCAAGGACAUACGCAUUAUUGGCAUCUUCAAUAGGUACUCGGCGCAGGAGCUGCAUUGCGUCUUCUGCUGCCAGGGAUCCAUGUCCGGUCAGAGCCCAGCGACAGUUCUGCUGCAUUCCGACAACUUUGGCUACCCUUAUGUCACCACCGAUGUCCUGUGUCAGACACCGGCUGGAUGUAAAGGGUCUCAUGUGGCCCUCGUGCCAUCCCAACUGCGUGCCACCACAGAAAACCUAGCGUGGCUGCCUGUAAGGAACCUGAAGGAGGCAGAACAGGAAGAGGCAAGGCUGCCAUUCAACUUGACAGUGUGCAUUUCAGUCCUGUUUGAAAACUUCAACAAUGUCCUCCAGGCAGCUGACCUGUACAUCCUAGAGAUGUACAGGUUGCUUGGCGUUAACAAGGUGGUGAUCUACAACAUCAGUAGUGGCCCGGAGCUUGACCGCCUAUUACAUAGCUACAGCCAGGAAGGCUUCCUGGAGACUGUGCCUUGGCCAAUAAACUGGCAUCUGACACUCUCUCAUGGCUGGCUCUUCUCCGAGAGCGGCGGUGACCUGCACUAUUUUCGUCAGCUGACCACACUGAACGAGUGCAUCUACAGGUCCAUGCAUCAGUCACGCUACGUUCUGCUCAAUGACUUGGAUGAGAUCAUCAUGCCGUACCAACACGAUGACCUGCCGUCGCUGAUAAGCGAUCUCCAACAACAGCAUCCGGACACCAGCGAGUUCCGCAUUGAAAACCAUAUAUUUCCGAAGACGCACGUGGAGCCCAGCGGCAAGUUCCAACUACCUCAGUGGGAGGGCGUGCCAGGGUUAAAUAUCCUGCAACACAUCUACCGAGAGGAGCCAGACUAUUCUAUUUAUCACCCAUACAAGAUGAUCGUUCGGCCAAGGUUGGUGGAGCAGACGUCGGUGCACGAAGUGCUGAAGAAAUCCGGGAAAAGCUACAAAGUCCCACGGGAAGUGUGCCGGAUCAUUCAUGUCCGCACUCCUCUGCGCGCCUCCUUGAAGCUGGAGCAGCUGCACAUGGACAUGAGACUGUGGGACUUCCAUCAAAAACUGAUCCCCAGUGUCAACCAAGCUUUAAGGAGAGCGGGGCUGCUCAAAACUUAGCUCAUGACUUAU